AUGAAUCUCGCCAUGGAAGCUCAUAUUGACGCUUUCGCACUCAAUAUCGCAGCAGGAUGGGCUGGCAACGAUGUCCAAAUUGCCAAUGCAUUUACUGCGGCCAAUUCGUUGGGCUUCAAGUUGUUUUUCUCUUUCGACUACGCAGGAAACGGUCCCUGGGCCGAGUCUGAUGUCUAUAACCUUAUUCGAAAAUAUGCUUCGAAUGGCGCCUACUAUCAUUAUAAUGGUGCGCCUUUCGUAUCAACGUUUGAAGGCGCCGAUAAUGCAAAUGACUGGAUCAGCAUCAAAGCAGAGACGGGUUGCUUCUUCAUGCCAGACUGGUCCUCUCGAGGUGCUGGAGUGGCGCUCAAGCUUGGAGGGGGCAUUGCAGACGGGCUUUUCAGCUGGGCAGCAUGGGCGUGGGGGUCUCGGAACAUGACCACUUACGUGGACGCGUCGUAUAACCAGACCCUGAACGGAUAUAACAAGAACUGGUUGUGGCGCAGCGAUGACCUAUGGUAUGAUCGUUGGCAGCAGGUCUGGUAUUUCCAGCCCGAGUUCGUCGAGAUCAUUUCAUGGAACGACUUUGGAGAAUCUCACUAUAUCGGGCCACUCGAUGCCACCCAAUACGAUGCCUUCAAGGUUGGGAACGCACCAUAUAACUACGUGGAAAACAUGCCACAUGAUGGCUGGCGCCAACUUCUUCCCUACGUGAUUGACACCUAUAAAAAUGGGCAUGCAACGUUUGAUACAGAAGUCCUUGUGACUUGGUAUCGGCCGACAUUGGCAAGCGCAUGUGGUGAUGGCGGAACAACAGCAAACACUGCAAGCCAACUCCAGAUCGAAUACAGACCCGUGGAUAUUGUGGAUGAUCGUAUUUUCGUCUCUGCCCUGCUCAGUGAGCCGGCAUACUUGACGAUCAACUAUGGCGUAGGGGAAUACGGCGUCAACUGGGAUUACACCCCAGAAGGUGGAGUGGGUAUUUACCAUGCAAGUAUGGCCUUGAAUGGAGAAACCGGGCCCGUCACGAUGCAGUUACUGCGUGACUCUGGUGUUUUCAUAUCAUAUAACCCUUCGCAGGCUAUCUCUACGACCUGCACAAAUGGCAUUACCAAUUGGAAUGUCUGGGUCGGCUCUGCAACAUCCACGCUGACCAGCACGAUUCCCCCACCCCUCUCGCUAAGCAAUCAAGUCUGCGUACAGGGCUGGGGUGCGGGCAACUUUGAAGGGCUCUGCGAGUUUACCUCUUCGCUUGCAAUUAUGGCUACUGUCCCUCCAGUGCCUGCAGCACAACCAAAGUCCCUCCUUAUAUCCCCACAACGUCGCCAUUCAAUCCGCCUGCCUGCACUGGGGGUCAUGGCGAUGGCGGCUUUGCAGGCCUUUGCAGCUUUGCUUGCAACUAUGGAUAUUGCCCUAUUCAUACUUACAGUGGUCUAUGUGCUUGGGCGUGCAGCCACGGGUACUGCCCCACAGGUGCUUGUUCUAGUGGACCGACAGGGUCCUCGGGGAGUCUGGGUUUCGUUUGGGGAUUCCUUCAGUGCUGGACCUGGAGCGGGAAAUUAUCUCGACAGUUUUCUCAGCGGCUGCCUCAGAACUAAUAACUCGUAUCCCAUGCAGCUCAAUAAGGCGCUGGAGGGAUUAGCACCGAACGCUUUUAAGUUCGAAUUUCUGGCGUGCUCUGGGUCUUUAACGGAUGAUCCGAAAAUGAAACAGCAACUUCUCACGUGGAGCAAUUCUUCCAAUUUCGGUACGAUUACCAUAGGUGGCAAUGACGCUGGGUUUGCCAAGGUUCUGAUUCAGUGCAUUCUCCAACCGCCUACCUAUGGGAAGUCGGGGCAUUGGUGGAGCGGCGAGACGUUUGAUUGCGAAGGCGAAAUCUCCAAUUCCCAGGCUAUCGUUAACGACGAAAGAUAUGUACAGGCUCUCGUCAAGGCAUAUACAAAUAUUUUUACCGGUCCCCCCCUUGACCAGCAAUUCGACCUCUUCGUGGCUGGCUACAGUCGGUUCUUUGAUACAAGCAGCGAGACAGAUUGUGGGACCCUCGGCAUGCUCUGGAACAAGCCUGCGAUUACUUACAAUUUACGGCAGUCAAUUAACUCUCUAGUCCUUCAGGUCAACGAAAAGAUCCAACAGGCUGUUGCAGCUACUGAAGUUACUCAGAACCGGUCCAUCACGUAUGUGGACUGGGAUUCACGGAUGGAUGGGCACCGCUUCUGCACUCCUGGCUACAGUGAUGAACCUAUUCAGAACAAAUAUGAAGCAGCUCAUGAGUACUUCUUUGCGGCAGUAGGCUCAGAAGACAAUUAUCCGGGCGAGGAGGAUAAGUGGCCCCCGUCAAGUACUACGCCUUAUCCUCCAGAAAGCGGCACCUACUCCUUCUCCGUCGACCCCAAGACCUGUGCAGGCAACCUGGAUAACCCCGCUAACAUCUACGACCCCGACGAGCUCGUCAAUAUUUGGUGCACGUGGGCUAUUGAGGCAGCUUCGAACGCAUCCUUUGCCACUGCAAUCGAAGCGUACUUUACUCCCCAGGCCGCCAGUUCAGCAGAUGAGAGUAUGACAGUGGCCUGGACAAAUAACAAGCUGGUUGUGACCUCUUCAGGUUCUCAGGGGUGGACAGCAAAAAUCUUUCAUCCUAAGAGCCUGGGACAUGGCCUCAUUGCCGAAGCCCUCCUAGCGGCUAUCAAGGGCAAGGAGUAG